UAAAAGAAGUUUUAAGAAUUGUUAGUGUUUUCCAGAUAUAUUUUGUGUUCGUUGAUAUGGCAUUGGCAGCAAACACCCGAGAAAAAAUUUUUCUUGUAGGCUAUCCGUCUCAUCAAAUUACAGGGUGUAAAUUACCCUCAAAUCGUCAAGUUUUGUCAACACUAUUUUUUAAUUUGCGAAUUGUAAAAUUAAAUUUAAAGGAAUCUGCAAGACUUGUCAUUCGAGAGGUACUUAUUUUUUGGGAAGAAGCCAGAAUCCAAACAAAAUAUGAAAAAGAUGCCAUUGUUAAAUUAGAAAAACUUUACAAUGAGUGGAGAAAUCACCAACGAAAUAAAAACAAAACGCUUGAAAGCACCAAAAAUAAAAUAAAAGAAUUUGCGUUGAAAAUGGACGAUCUCUUUGAUAUAGCACAUCGAGAUGCCUUGACCAUUACUGAAAAAAAACGCAGUAAAAAAAAAGUUUCAUUUUAAAUCGAGUUUGCACUUCAGCUCUUUUUGAGAAACCCCAUAGCAUGACAAUUCCAUCACGUCCCGCACCUCCUCCACCAACAAGCGUCGGCAAUAACAAUAAUAAUUUAUCACAAUACCAACGACAACAGCAAAAUGGGGGCGUCGUACCUAAGUUAACAAUAAAACUCCCACCUCCGCCUACAAAAGGCGUUCCUAAGGGCGGUGGAAGUAAUUACGCAUCCACCUCAUCCAUAUACCGCAGUAACAGUAAUAAUUCCCUAACGUCUAAUGGUCUAACAAAUUCGUCGUCAAUUACUAGAAAAUUCCCAGCGGCAAAUGUUCGAUAUGCACCGACAACAAACUGGGAUGGAUCACCCUUUGAACCAAUGGUCAAUGGCAAAAAGGCACCUCCACCUAGGCCACCACCGCCUAAACGACCACCACCACCUAAAAUAAAUAAUGGCCAUACAACACCACCAACCCAAUCGGUGAACAUCCUAUCGAAUAUAUUUGGACGUAAAAAGUCAACUAAAGCACCAAAACGGCCAUCUCAGAGGCCAGGUGCAUACGUCGCUUCUGCAAAUUCUAGUUCAUUUUACGGUACCAGCUCAGGUCAAUCACACUCAAACUCUUUAUAUUCAUUUCCACCAACAACGUUGGCGCCACCAUCUUCAGAAACCAAUGUCCAGCUGAUCAGUUUUGAUUCGCCCCCCAGUUCUCCAACAUUCACACAAAAAUCAAAUAGUGAUUGUGUUUCUGUUGAUAGUUUCAGUUCGGAUUCGAACUUUAGUUCGCCAAACAAUGGAAGUGUGUCCCAACCAGAGUCAGGAUUCGAGGAUGAUUUCAGUAGUAGUCGCGCCACAACAAGUCCACUAGAUCCAUGGGAUGCUUUCAAUAAUGGUGGCACUGAUUUAAGUUCUCAUACAACACUGGGCAGUGCCCCAGUUCGAAACUAUAGUAUUGUCACUAAUCGAAUACAACAAAACACGGAUAAUCAAUUAUGUAAUGGAAAGAGUUUGCUUCCUCCACCUCCUCUGUUGCAUAUGCCAACAAUUAUUAAACCGAAAAUCUCUCAAAAGCCUAAAGCACCAAAACCACCGACGUUGGAACAGGCAAGGUAUGACCUUGCUAUAGGUGCAAAACAGUCACAGUCAUCAUUAUUAAAUGGGGACGCUAUAACGCCCCCUUCACCACCAAUGCCAAAUUGUCCACCACCACCACCGCCACCAGGUGGAAUUAGUAUUUUGGAUGUAAUUAAAGGUGACGUAGAUGCAUUGAGUUUGGGUGCUAAUUAUGAUGAUAGUGCUAACGAACAAGCAUACGGCAUUGCUCUUUAUGAAUUCGAGGGUGCAGUCGAAGGUGAUCUUAGUUUUAGGGAAAAUGAAAAAAUAUACAUUUUGGAAAAACUCAACGACGAAUGGUUGAGAGGUCGUAACCGAAGUGGCUGUGAAGGAAUAUUUCCAACAAAUUACAUUGACAUCAAAGUACCCUUAAAAGAUUAUACUGACAUUUCAAGGACAACGACAACUUCUCUAUCAACUCUCACCCAAAGCAGUUCCUCUUCAUCAUCGUCAUAUACUCAAAGUUAUCAUCACGAGGAGAAACAAUUAACAAAUAGCUUUGGCAGUAGUGCUAAAGCACUAAAUGCAAACAAUAAUUCAAAUCAAGUACGAUGUAUCUAUACUUUCGAUGCUGGUGAACCUGGUGAUUUAAUAUUUCAAGAAAAUGAUUAUGUAACUGUUUUAUACAGAAUAAACGAAGACUGGCUCUUUGGAGAAACCCCUGAUGGAAGACAGGGACAAUUUCCGGCGAAUUUUCUUGAAUACAUACCCGAAAACAUACCAAUGCCUUAAGUUUAUUUUUCUUAAUUAUAUUUCUCUUUAUAUUGAAGCUUAAACUUUUUUUUUAUAAACAAUUUAUACAUUUAGAUAUUAUAAAAACAACAAAAUUUUCUACAAAAAAAAAUAUAAUAUAUUUUUAUAUCGAGAAAUUUAAGAAAAAAUAACAUGAUGAUAACAGAAGAGCGAAAAGUGCACACCAAAAGGACGUUGCGAUAAGAACUUUGCUUAUCACAAUUGAAUGUAGCUUUUGAUAAUUGAAAACAAUUUAAUAUUUCUCCUAUUCUUAACCGUAUACUUACAAUAAACAUACAUAAUAAACAACGCACUAAUUUACAAUGUUAAAGUUUAAGCUUAAAUCGUAUAUGUGUUUUGUAUGCAGUAAAUUUUUGUUAAUGAGAGGAGCUUAUGAGAUUUCAGUAUUUAUAUUCUGUAUUCCUAUAUUUUCUCGUUGUAUAUUUUCUUAUUAUGAAUGAAUUUGAAAUCUGAAAUCUGUAAUAAACAAUUAAGCACUAGAAUUUUUUGUUUUUUUGUCAGAUAUACAUAUAAAUAACUAAACACUAACGUGUUCUCAUAAUAUGUUUGCUAUAUUAAAAUACCGAUAGUGAAGUUUGUACUAUGAAAAGCGUUUAAUUCUUAUUUUUUGUAAGCAGGAAGUUUUUAGAAACGUUUAUGAUGGAAAUGAAUUGAAAUAGAAGAAAAAACAAAUUGUUCACAUUCACAU